GUUUGAGCCCUUUUUGCAGAGCGCAUUGCCUGGUUUCUGGCUGCCUGUGGCAUCCCUCAUCGGUGUGGUCGAUGAUGAUGCUGCCGGCGGACCAGGCGGUGCGUGCGUCGGGCGGCGAGGUGCCGCACGUGGAGGAUUCUAAGGGGUCGGUAGAGAUGCUGGCGGACCUGCUUGAGAUGCACUACCUGAUGAAGAGGUAGGUGCGGUGGGCCCCUGAAUGACGAGGGAGAGGGAGGGAUGUGUGGAUGGAUGGAAUGGAAUGGAUGGCAUGGGCCGGAAAUGGCCAUGGUUGCGUUGUGUUGUGUCGUGUGGCUGGAUGGAUGGAUGGAUGGGAGGAUGGACGGUCUCUGUGUGUUGUGUGCGUUGCAAUGGAAUGCAAUGGAAUACAGGUAUGAGGAGGAGCGGAUCAAGGAUAAGUUGACGGACUACUUCAAGAUAGACCAACCCUUGCCCCACGACUGGUAGGUGCAAGGAUGGAUGGAUGUGGGUGAGAACGCGCGAGCCCAUCCAUCCCACGACGCUAUCCAAUGGUUUUUUCUUCGUCUUAUGUCGAUGCCAUUACCAUCAGGGUCCGUGAGGCUGAACACCGGGCCCAACAGAGAGCCAAGGAGAAGUUCUCGGUGAACGAACUCGACACAUCAGAAGAGGACAGAACCAUGGAAGUCUCCCAUCUAUCCAUCCAUCCAUCCAUCCAUCCAUCCAUCUGUGGCUUCGCUUCUUUGUUUGUGUGUGCAGCAAUGGCGUGUGUUCAUGGAGACGUAUCGCAAGCUGCUGGACCACGCCAAGAGCCGCCACAGGGAGGCCAUCUGGAAGCCCGGCAACGUACCCACAGAGGAGGACAGGAAGGAGCCACCCUCACUGCGGCAGGUGGCAGUGGCCGGCGGACAUCUCGUCGGACAGGUGGGGGAAGAAAGGUCUACUGGGGAUGGGGUGGGGUGGGGGGAUGUUGUUUCUUGAUGUCAUGUGUGUGUGUGUGUGUGUGUGGUGUGUGUCAGUUUUUGUCAGGUGGGAGCGUUGGUCAGGUGCAUGUAGCUCUGAGGCUGACGGAUCGACACAGUGAGCAACACACCCACGGUUGCCUGGAGCUUCGUUGCCUUGAGGCAGGUGUGGCUGUCUGGCUGUGUGUGUGUGUGUGUCGACAGCUGCGAGUCCCCAGUUUGUGGCGGCCAAGCUCACCCACAUCCGACCACAGUCGCGUACGUCAAGAAGGAAGAAUGACAGACACCCCACACCCCACAUCCAUCCAUCCAUGGGUUCUUCUGCAUGGUGCUGUGUGCCCUUCUGUGUGCAGGUACUGAGGCGUUGCGUCACUGGAAUGAGGAGGUCGACAACUGGUCACUGCUCAAACACGAACACAUCGUCAGGUAUGCACACACACACACCCCGACCACACACAUGAGUAUCCCCCUCCCCCCACCCUUGUCCGUGUGUGUGUGUGUGUGUGUGUGUACCUGUCUGUGUGCGUGUGCAGGUUGUUGUCGACCUCCCACAGUGUGCGGAGCAGCCCUAUUGCGCUGGCGUCGACGACCCCCGAGGCCAUGCAGAUCCAGGGGUGCACCGAGCUGGUCGUGGCAUUCAUGGAGUACUCACAGGAGGGAGACCUCUGCAGACUAGUCAGGUUCGCACGCACAUGGGAAUAUGAAGGGAAAAGGUAGGUAGGCAGUAUGUAUGUUGAUGUGUGUGUGUGUGUAUGUGUGUAUGUGUGUGUCAGGGACCACACGUACCUCAAGCCCGAGCUGGCGCGGCGGCUGUGGGCGCAGGCGGUCAGCGCCAUCUGGUACCUCCACGAGACUCACGGCAUGGCACACAGAGGUACGUACUUACCUUCAUCCCUCACCCCUCCCCUCAUCCCUCCCCUCACCCCCACACGCAUCCAUCCCUCCAAUCCAUCGAUGUCUAUGUGUGUCUCUCUGUGUCAGACAUCAAGCCCGAGAACUUCCUGUUGUUUCGCGAGGCGUCGGACAGUGCCACUGCGGGUCAGCAGAGGCGCAAGAAGACCCCCCAGGCCAGCCCGUCGGCGUCAUCCUCCAUACUCACUAGCGCGGCGGCUGCUGGCAGCAGCUCCCAGCAGAACCACCACCAGCUGACACUCAAGGUCGGUCGAUGGCGGGCCGCCCACACACUCACACACACGUGGGAAAUGGGCACUGGUGUGCGUAUGUGUGACAUCUCCUUGCUCGCGUCAGUUGUGCGAUUUCGGCAUGUUGAAGCGUUUCAAGAUGGAGGCCAACGGGCAGGAGUACAUCCUCAAAGCCGACGACCUGCAGGUCAGUCCAUUCUCCACACCCACCCACCCACCGUAUGUCUCUCCUCACCCCUUGCGCACGCGUGUGUGUGUGUGGGGGGGUAUGUGUGGGUCUAUGGUCAGGGUACCUUCACCUACAAUGCGCCCGAGGUGCUGUGGGCGGGACACGCCAACAUCGACCCAAACACCAUGGAAAAGAAAAACUCCACGCGCGUAAGAGAGACCACACACACACACACACACACACACAGAGAGAGAGAGAGAGAGACAGGUGGGCGCGUCUGUGUCUGUGUGUGUGGCUGGUCAGAACUAUUUGUUCGACCUGGGGCCUGCGGACAUCUUCUCGCUCGGCGCCACGCUCUUCGCCAUGCUCUUCGGCACCGUGCCCUUCGGGGUCCUGGAGCGCAAACCAGCCAUGCAGGCCUACCUGGUACACCACACAAACAAAGUCACGUCACUCACCCUACCGACCAGACCAGACACACGGACUGCCGAGCCCCCAAUCAGCACACUCCUCAUGUCAUCUGUGUGUGCGUAUGUGGGCAUGCAAUGCAGGACGUGAUGAAUGGCGAUUUCAAGGACUUUGCCGACAUGCAGGCGGGCCACCUCUCCCCCGGCCAGAAGGACGAGAUCUACGACCUGCUGGCCAAGGUGCUGUUCAAGCAUCCCGACGGCCGCGCCACCUUCGAGGCCAUCGCAAACCACCCCUGGAUGGCGGCAGACAAGAAGUUCGUCAAGCGACCCGCCAUGAAACUGUGAGUGAGACACACAGACAGAGAGAGGGACCACACACACUCAGAGGAAAUGAAAUGACGGGUGUGGUGGCAUAUGGUGGGAAUGGUGUGUGCGGGGUGUGUAGGUUGAAGGCUACGGGUCGGCUGCGCCAUCCCACCACUCAGGAGGGGGCACAUUUCCACCACCACACCCUCGUGCCCUCCACAUCACAGAUACUCUGGGUGAGUCGGCACAGAGAGAGAGAGAGAGAGGGAGAUAGCUUACACAUCAACCUCUCUGUGGCCCGGCCGUGGGUGCGUGCGCAUGACUGCGAUGCAGCCACUGACGCCCGCAGCGUACCAGCCCCCCCUGCAGUUCACACACCUGGCCUACGGCACCCCACACGUCCCCGCCGACACUCGCCCGGGGCUGCCGCACCUCUGCGCCAUCCCUGUGGUCGACAGAGGCCUGCCAGUGCACCGCAAAGCCAGCGGACCACACGUACGGGACGUGACCAACACUCACUGCCCUGCCUGACACAUCACAUGACGCUCUUCUGCCGUUCUCUUGUGUGUCUACACAUAUCAGAUUCCGCCCCCAGUAGCUCUGGUGCCCCCUCCGGCCGCUGCCGUGCCGCCAUCGAUGUCGCCGCAGGCGCCGUUGCGUGAGCUGGGGGCGCCCCACCCCCACCCACACUCCCGUGCCAUGGCCAUCCAGCCACAGCCGCACCCACAGACACAUGCACAGCCGCAGCCGCAGCCGCAGCCGCAGACGCCCUCCCGCCCCGCACACAGGGAGAUCAUGCAGUCGCCCGCCGACCAGACGCCCAAAGGCAAAGAAACGCAACACAAGGGCACAGGUGCGGACACACGAAUGAAUGGAUGGAUGGAUGGAUGGAUGGCAAACACACACACCUGACAUGACAUCUAUGCAUCGAUACCCUGUUGCCGUUGGUGUGAAUGAUCAGGCCCUAUCCCCGCCAUGAGCCCCCUGCCGGCUCUCACCAAGCGGCCUGGGGAGGGAAGCCCGCCCUCCCGCAAUGGCAGUCCCGACUCGCCAUCGUCCUCCUCAUCCAGCGGCGGCAGCCCCAUCAUGGCCAUCGGCAAUGUCGGCAUCAGUAGAGUCGGCGGAGGGCGGGCCAAGCAGGCCGGCAGGCACCACCCCAACCUCGAGCCAGUAGCAGAGGUGACCGCCGAGGCCAAUGGGCGGACGGAGGACAGCAAGGCGGCGUCUCCCAGAAGUGUCGUCACCCGCCCCACGCCCCCCAAGGCACCGACCCUCCAGACCAAGACCACCACCAACACCAGCGGCAGCUCUCGCACCGACACGCGUGAAUCGGAGGACAACAACAGGACGGGCGGCGAUGAUGACCAGCAGCCCCAACCCCAGGCCCAGGCCCAGCCCACACGGCCCAAAAGCGUGCCGAAGAUCGCAGCAGCAGCUGCAGCUGCAGCUGCAGCUGUGGCCAGGUCAGGGGGCGGGGGAGGGGGAGGGAAAGCGACGCCCUCGUCUUCAGGGGCGGCUGUGGUGGGAACCGGCAAGGCCAAGGCGCCCGCGCCCAAGCAGCAGGGGGUGGCGAGUCCUGCGCGUGCAGCCGAUCUGAGUGCAAGUGUGGGUGUGGGUGUGGGUGUGGGUGUGGGGGCGAGUGGAGGCGGGACGGGGGGACAGGAGGGGGCGGGGAGCAGUAGUGCCGCUGCUGCUGCUGCUAAUGCCGGUACUGCCGGUUAUGGUGUGGGGGUGGGUGCCGCCCAGCAGAGGCAUGCUGCGGCCAAGGCAGCUGAUCUAGGAGGGGCGCCGCGGGCUGCUGCUGCGGCGGGUGGUAGUGGCAAUGCUACCAGGCCACGGCCGCCGAUGAGCUUCUUUCAACCGCAGAAUACGCCCCACGUACACAGAUCCACGUAGCCACACAUCCACAUGCAUUCCAGCCCCACUCGUGGGUGGUGUGUGUGUCUCUCUCUCUCUCUCUGUGUGUGUGUGGCGCCGUGUGCAGCGAUCGACAGUCGGCCAUCUCCCGGUGCUAAACGGCCCCCGCAGCACGGGCAGUGGCAUGCAGAACACGACCAAUACGGCCAUCGAGGCCAACGACACCAACAGCCCCGAGCCGGUGCCCAUCCCCUCACCGAUGCCGUACCUACCCAACCACCCACACCCACAGACGGGCCGCAUGCAGCCCACGCCCUUCGACCGAAGCCGACUGGGAAACUACGGACCCGCAUCGCAGUAUCGCCCACAGGGUGAGCAGAGAUACAGGGAGGGGGAUCUGGCAUAUGUCUGUAUGUGUUGGUUUGCUCGUUCUGUGUGGAUGUACGAAUGUGUUAGUGAUGGCAGCGUAUCACCCGGUGCCUCCGCGGGGCCCCAGCGGCAUGAACGCCAUGGCUCCUUCCCCCACACCUGCCAGAUUCCGCGAGCAGGUAGGUAUGCAGUCCAACACACAAACAGACAAACAGCGGUCCACACAUCUUGUCUUGCCGAUCCAUCCAUCCCGGCCCCUCCUUCUGUGUCCUGUGUGUCCACACCACCUCAGCAGCGCCCGGUGACCCCCGCACCCAAGGGCGCCAUGCGAGUGCAUCAUCAGCUGCAGUCCCCCGACCACCACCAGCAGCGUGCGGCCCGUCCAGUGCUGCACCAUGCGCCGGCGCCCAACUCGCCCUUCGGCAGUGGCAUCAGCGGGCUAUCCAACGGCAGUAGCGGCAGUAGUGGUGGGGGGCAGGUGAGAGUGCCGGUGCAUCAUCAGCCCGUGGGUGGGGGUGUGAGCGGGGGUGUCAUGAGCAAGAACCCCAGUGUGGCCGGUGUGUAUGCCACGACACCUGGCGGCUCGGGGAGUACAUCGAGGGCUGCGCCGAGGUACGUCAAGUGGCACUACAGCCAGCGAGAAAACACGCGGGCAACAAAUAUGGUUGUGUGUGUGCGUCAGUGUGGCGUCUCGUCCGAUGCCUGGUGCGUCCCGACCGGAUCAGGGGCCCUACGUGUUCCACUCUAGCCACGGCAGUGUGUCGGGAUCGAGCGGCGUGGUAGGACCCAGGACGUCAUCCCUCACCGACCCUUCUCUGCAGACGCCACCACCAGCCAUGGGUCCACCCAUGGUCUUCAGACUACCACCUGGUACGCACGGGAAGGGAACCGGUCGUUGUGCUGUGAUGGUGUCCCAUUUUUCUUUCUUUCUGUGUGCAUGUGGUGUCUUGUUUGUUCAGGGGCUCCGCCGCCCCACCCGUACUACGGUGCUGGUGGAGGGCCGCCGAUAUUCCCCGGGUACCCGCAGGCCAUGUACCCCAAGACACCGCAGUCCAAGACGCUGCACAAGCGAUGAUCAUCACACACAUACAGAGAAAGACACAGACGAAUGGGCGGAUACAUCCUGCAAUGAUGGG